AUGACAGAACUUGAAUCUUGGCUUUCAAGAAUAAGCCUCCAAAACUGGUUGAACUCAUACCUAGGGAAAUUCUUUCACCUCCUUCUCAAUCCAAAUUAUCCUAACCCCAACGGUGUAUUGCUCGGCUGGGCAAACUAUAGUGACAACAUCCACCAAUCAUCGAGCAGACUCUUUCACAAGUUUAUAGGGGUUAAAGUUCAGAUGGAAAAUGCAGAAGCUGAAAUAUCAAAUGGGAAACUAUCAGCUGCAGUUGUACAAGAGUAUAUAGUGGAGCAACCUAAAGGGUCUUUAAGACUAGGCUGGAUUGCUUUUCUUUAUUGA